ACGUGGGCCCGCCGCCAAUCGCGCCGGGCAAACGGCCGCCAAGAUGGCGGCGGCGCGUUACCGGCGCUUCUUGAAGCUCUGUGAGGAGUGGCCCGUGGAGGAGACCAAGCGCGGGCGCGAUUUGGGCGCCGUAGUGCGGCAGAGGGUGAUGCAAGCCUUCCGCGAGGGAGAGAACACCCAGAUUGCCGACCCAGUGACUUGUGAUGAAAUCUUUGAAAGUUUAGCCAAAAUCCAUACUAACUAUUAUAGAAAUAAGUAUCCACGUCUGAGAGAUACAAACUUCUCUGGAGUGCCAGUGGAGGAAUGCAAGUUGGUCCUUGCAACAGAACAACUGAAGCAGCUGGAAGAAGGAAAGUUCGGAAAAUUGAAAAGGUUACGUGAAAAAUUCUCUGCCAAGCGUCAUAAAGAAGAUUCCAAAUAAUAACUCAGUUUCCUAAAGCACUGCUUUUGCCAGUAUAGAUAAACCUUCUUGUGUACCAACAAAAGACAAUGGAAAGCUCUUCUGAAAUGAGAUAAACUAGCUCCAUUUGACUACAUUGGCUAUGAAGACUAUUAAGAAGUCCAAAGUUAUAUUUGAAGAACAGGAAAUGAUAUAGUUAUAUUCUGUAGGUAUUUACCUAUCUGCAUUCGUGAAUGUCAUCUUGCAACUGAUUUGUUGAAACCUAACAGAGUAGUUCAUGUAUUUUGAGAAUUCAAAACACACCAAAAAAAUUUAACAUUGGGAUUCUGUGGAA